GAAUCUGCCCUCAGUCGUUCAACAGUCAACACUUCUCGCUUUUCGGCUAAUCUGCUGUCUGCACUGUUCGUGCGUGUGCCCGUGUUAUAUUCCAUGUGCAUAGUUUUUGUACAGCAGUAGAAAAUACAAAGAUGCUGAUUAAAGAAUUCCGUGUAACACUGCCACUGACUGUGGAUGAGUACCAAGUAGCCCAGCUGUACUCCGUAGCUGAAGCGAGCAAGAAUGAGACGGGUGGUGGUGAGGGAAUCGAGGUGCUCAAAAACGAGCCUUUCUCUGAUCAUCCACUCCUUGGAGGCAAAUACCACAAGGGCCAAUACACCUAUAAAAUCUACCACUUAGCAAGCAAAGUUCCUGCUUACAUCAGACUGAUGGCACCGAAGGGUGCUUUAGAAAUACAUGAAGAAGCAUGGAAUGCCUACCCAUACUGCAAAACUGUCAUCACAAACCCAAAUUACAUGAAGGAAAAGUUUGUAAUUUGUAUUGAAACCCUUCACGUUGGAGAUGCCGGAGAUAGUAAUAAUAAUCCGGGGUAUAUGAAAGACAAUUUUACUAUUCUUAUUGAGUCUUAUCAUAUUGGUGAUAAGGGUGAUAAGGAAAAUGUUCACGAGUUACCGCCUGAGAAGUUGAAACAACGAGAAGUAGUUCAUAUUGAUAUUGGAAAUGAUCCUGUGUCCACGGGUGAUUACAAAAAAGAUGAAGAUCCUUCGUUAUUCAAAUCUGAAAAGACUGGGCGUGGGCCCCUCACUGGAAAAUGGAUUGAAAAGGUUGAUCCUGUGAUGACAUGCUACAAACUUGUGACUGUUGAAUUCAAAUGGUUUGGACUGCAGACUAGGGUUGAGAAUUUCAUCCAAAAGUCUGAACGACGACUUUUCACAACUUUUCAUAGGCAAGUAUUUUGUUGGAUGGACCGUUGGCAUGGAUUGACCAUGGAGGAUAUCCGUGAAAUCGAAGAGAAAACAAAAGAAGAGUUGGAUAAGCAACGCAACGUUGGUCAAGUCCGUGGAAUGAAAGCUGAUGGAGAUUGAAGCGACACAUUCUUUAUUGCAUCAUUUUUCUCGUUUAAUUUGUACGUUUUUUGAACUCAUACGUUGUUGCUCCAUUAAUUUUUGUUGGAUUAUUAAUAAGUUUAUAGUUUUUUUAUUUUUGGGUUCUGUUACCAAUAAUUGUAAAUAUAAUACAAGGAAUUUAUAAAGAGCACAUGAUCAAUGAUGAAACAACCGCUUGAUAUAUUUUUGUUUCUUCGCUUGAUUAUGAUACAAAAUAUCAGGUUUUGACUUGAAUGGGACAAAAGUGAGUCCCAUCAAAGUCGUAAGGAGUUUAAUACAGUUUAUUUUUAUUUUAAAAUCUUAUUUUUAUGUUAGUAAUAAUAUUGUGCUCCAGCUGUUUGUGAUAAUUUAUUUGUUGACUAAUGCGAAUGAAAACUUCAGCUAACUUUAUUAACUUUAAUUUUUUAGCAUAGCUUUGCGUUAUAUUUUUUAUUUCUAUGAUAUUCACAUAUUCGACAACAAUCCAUUCCUUUCUGUGGUAAUUUAUUUAGGUUAUUUUUUGUUAAAAUAUUUGUAUUUUCUAAUUACAAUGAUUCCAAGUAGAUUAGUAAUAUUGCUAUUAAUAUUCUCUCAGUAUUUACUAUAAUUCUGCCACUGCUUCCAAAAUUUAUUUUUCGUUCAAUAAUUUACCUAUUUUAUAUAAAUGUAUCGUCAAUAUUUAGUAAUAAUCUGCAAUAUUUGAGUUUAAAACCCUCCAUCUCUUAGUGUUGGAUCAGGUGUUUUGUGUUUACAAUUACGAACAAUUUUUUCAAAAUAAUAUUUUAUAAUUUGGUAUUUGGAAAGGUGAGAUAUGUGCUAUCGUCUUCAAUGAAUUACAGUGGUGUUGUAGAUUGAAGCAAGACUGUAUAUCUGAAGCUAAGCAAUUAUUCCUUUAUCUUGUUUUAAACGUUUCCAAUUAGGAAGCAUUUCUACUUCGUAAUUUGUGUCUGUAAGUAUUAAUAUUUUGUUGUUAAGUGACUUAGCUUUGAAGUGUGAUUCGUUACAGUGUGCUUCCUAUUAGUUUAGAGAGCUUUGAUUGUUUCUGAUUAUUUUGCUCAGAUAUUUUUCAUGCUAAUCGGAACCAUCAAGUAGCAAAGAUAUAAAUUGACGUUAUCUUACUAUGUAACUAUAAUCAGUAGUUAAAUCGAAUUACUCCUAUAUUGUAAUUUCGAUAUUCAAUUGAAACCUUUCAUUUUUUCAAGUGAAAGCUUUCAUUUUUCAAGUUGAAUGUUUUUCAUUAAAGUCAGUCAAGUCGUAUUUUUUCACUAUAAUAUAACUAUAAAAUGUUAGUAUGUGUCUCAAAUCAAAUAGUUAUUUAAAUAUUGUUGGGAAAUAAUUGUAAAUUUACUAUUUAAAGUGUUAAACAUGUUGAUAGUUUAAGAAUCUACAGUAAAUAUUACUUGUUUCAGAGACUCUGUCCACUUGAAGUAGUUUUCACUUAUCGCAAUUGCGUAUUAUUUCAUAUUACUUGAUAGGCUAAUAGUAUCCAUGAUAAGUUACUCAUUAAAGGAGAGUUAUUACACGAUUUAAAGAACUGUAAUAAGUCCUAGCCAAAUUACAGUACCUUGACGUUUUCUCUGUAAUUUAUAGAAUUGACAAUAAAAUUGUUUCUACUGUUUGAAAAUCUAUGAACUGAUAAUAAUAAUAUUGUAUGGAUAAUAGUAAAGAAUUAACUAUGAAUAUCUAUAAAACAUUGCUCUGUGUAAUGAUAGAAUAUAGACCAGUACGUUGUCGAAACAUGUUGUAGCUGCUUAUUCUAUUUACAAAAGAGGUGAUAGAGGCUAGUCAUUGUACAAGCCUAAUAAUUAUAAUAAAACAUAGAUUGAAAAAAGUUGAUUGUAAAUAUUGCAUCAUAAUUUUCAAUAGAUUGUUGCAAAAAUAUUUACUUCAAUUGAAGAGUUUUAGGUGGGGGAGUUGGAUACCAGGAGCUUUGCAGUAGUAGAGGCCGGCCAUAUAAGCUGUAGAUUACCAGUAGCCUACUCUCAAUAGCUUUCUUUUUUAGUUGAUCACAUUCGUUUUUAUCCAACCUUUUUUGUUAGAUCUCAUCUAAUCUCUUUCAAAUUCUGAAAAGUUUCUCCCUUAGUUCAUUUUUAUUUAUUUAGUUAUUGCACUUUUGCAUGUAACUUACUAAGAAUCACAAUAAAUUAUUCUAAAUGCUACCGUCCACUCUCCCUGUAAAAUUGACAAUUCUUUGCUCUCUAAACUCAAUAUUGAUAAACUUCAUUCUCACUUUUCUAUAGUCCUCUUGUUUAUUAUUGAUUUUUAUAUUUAUUUCAUUUUUAUUACUAAAAAAUGUUUUGAGAUUAUUUAUAAAGGGUUUUCAAGUUUUUUUUUAAUUUUAAAGGGAGCAAUAUACUUCUCAGUUCUCAAUACCGCUUCAACAGAGUUAUAAUUAACAACUAAAGUUUCUACCACUGCAAAACUUUGACUAAGAAAUUUUUACUCAGAAAAAUCAUAGUCGAGAGGGUAUGAUGUGAAUACUUUUGUGGAAAAAAGUCGUAUUCAAGCAAUUUAUUCAACGUUUAUCCCUAUUUUGAGCAUCUGCCACAGCCAAUUUAAAGUUCUAAUCGAUAAAACGCAACAAAAAUGGAAGUUAUUCAAGAGUUACCUCCUAUUAGUUGCUUAUAUAAAUUUUCUUAUUAAAUUAUGAGUAGACAAUUUUCGAUAUCAGUUGAAUAUAAUAAUUAUUUUUCACUUAACUUUAUUCGAAAACUUAUUGUGUUUGUUUAUUGAUGGUUCUUGAUAAAUGAUCAAAUUUGAACGUCAUGUCGUUUACAUUGGAUUGACAAAACUGCAGAAUUAAGUUUUUGGUAACUCUAUGUUUGGUGAUAUAUGAUAUUCGAGUGUUAAGAAUAGGAAGAGAUUAUUUCUGUAAUGUGGUAGCUUGGUUGAAAUAUAUACUAUGGAAAUAUUUAUAUUACAGCGAUUAUAGUAGUGAAUGACAUUUGUAACUUGAAUAUACGUGUUUGCUUAGUUUUCAGAACAUUAAUAUUUUCUGUUUCUUACAUUUUAUCGCAUUUAAAAAAUGUAGUUUCUCAUUUUUGCACUCCAAUGCACCCUUUCUUGUUUUUCACAGUAAAUCAAUUACUAAGUACUUUCCACAGUUCCUAUAAUUAUAUUUUUUGAUAAUUUUAAUACUAUUAAGUUCAUUAACAUGACAAACCUCGUUGUCAACCUUCAUAAAAGAUGAGUUCUUUUCUUUGGAGCUCUUUUAUAUUUCCUUGAAACGUAAUUGUGCACAUUAUCCUUUUAACGCACCACUUACGCAAUAGUUGAAAUAUAGUAUUCAAUAAAGCUUGAGAAAAUUAUUCCUCAAGUAUUUCUUAUAAAUUUCAACAACUUCAAUAAUUAAAGUAAAUAGUCAACUAGUCAGACCAAAAACAAAUUACUGCAUCAAAACUAUAAUAUUGUUGUUUUUUAUUAUUAGUGGUUCAGUCUCCAAAGUUGUGUUUCUGCUCUUAUUUGAAGUUUAGAGAGUAGUCAAAUUUUGCUAUUCCGUAAAAUUCAACUACGUUAUCUUGAAAAGAAAGAGCAAUCAUAAUUUCAAUAAAUAUGUACUUAUUUCUAGCUGAUUGGCUCCCAGUUUCGAUAAGGUUAAAUCACGUUCUGUUUGAAAUAUUAUUCUAUGUACUACAGACUACAUUCAUUUCAUGAGUACUUUCAUUAAUACGAAUCCGUUCAUUCCAAUUAAACUAAUUUCAAUUUCUUAAUUGAAUUGAAUAGGAUUUUUGAGUAAGUGAAUAUUCAAUUGAAGAUUUCAACUAAGUUAUUCAACUCAUUUAAGAGCUUAUUUAUUCAUUUUUGAUUAUUCGUUUUAGUCUUAGUUUUGUGAUUAUAAAAUUCAUGAAAUAAUUGGUUUCCAGGUGCUAUGUGCAUAUUAUUCACCAUAUAGAUUUUAGAUUAUAGUAAUCGGGCGAUGCCUGAUGAGCAUUUGUUUGGCCUAGUCAACAGGGCAGGAAGCACUCUGAUUGGCGGCUGAUUGUGUUGGCAUUCGGGAAUCCACUGAUUCGGCAAACUGGCUGAUCGAGAAUGAGCCAAUCAUCAGACAGAUUUCUGCCCUGCCGACUCGGCUGAAAAACGUCUGAAAAAACGCUCGUAUGGCCUCGAACUUAGGCAUUGCGCAAACAUAGUAUUCUUUCUCUCUUGUGCUUUACCAAGGCUUCACAAGAUUCAUUUUUUCAAUUAAAUUCAUAUUUUUCGACGAAAUUUUCACAGCUUAUCAUCUGAACUUCUAACUAUUUCCAUAUGUUUUUUUGUUUCUUCUUGUAGAUGGGUUUCCUUAACGGUACGUUAUGCUUGCAAAGUUGACUUUUUGUUUUGCUUGCGAUCUUGAAAACAUAUACAAAUUUUAAAGUAUCAUGCAAUAAAAGCAAAAACGUUUUUUUUGUUCUUCAGUUGACUGUUUUAGAACCUUUUUUGAUGAUGUAAUUGGUAAGUCUAUCCUGUAUCUUGAUAAUUCCAUGAAAGAAUAACAUGUAAUGAAAAUCUUGAAUAUUAUGGCAUAAUAUCAGGCAAAAAUCCAUAGUGAGGCCUAUGAUGUUUAGCAUUGAAAAAUAAAAAUGUAAUUAUUGUCAUGUUCAAAUAUCACUCAUUUAUGUAGUGCUAAAUAUAUUUUAGUAGUGAUAUCUGAACAAUCAAUAUCUUCUUACACGUUCCCACUUUAUUUAUGUUUCAUUAGCCUAUGUUUUCAAAGUAAUUUACAUUGAUUUGUGUAAAAAUAUAAUAUUACAUCUCUAAUAACUUUGAAAUUUAAAAUUUAAUUUUAUGAGUCAACUCAUUAACAACUCAUGGAAUUUCGAAGAAAUGAAUAAACAGUAGUAGAUUUCGCUAAAAAAUUACUGCUGUUCAAUGAAGAGCUUUCAAAUAUGUUUUUGCAUUGGAGAGAAGGUUAGUUAUUGAAUGGGCUAAAUAUUUGUAUAAAGGAGUACAGUAUUCAUAAAAGAUGCACAGUAGUAUGUGCAUUCUUACCAUGAUCCAGCAAUAUCAUGUAAAAAAUGGAUUGGUGAUAUCCUGUUUACCAAAAUUGCUCAAACUGUCCUCAAACGAUAAAAGCGUGAUUGUGGCCAUACUCCUAAUAAAGUAAAGUGUUUGCAGAAAUAAUUAUUGUAAAAAUAACUUCUCAAACAUUAACUUCUAUUAUUAUGAGUGGAACUAUGUGCUCAAAAUGUUGCUAAUCACACAUAUUGUUGAAAAAGAAUUAACUUAGAAGCCCUGACGUUACGAAACUUUUCUUACAGUCCUAUUAUUGUUAUUCAAUGGUAAUGCAUUAUUAUAAAAUAUUGGGUUUUACUAAAGUAAUUUUUUAAAUGUAAAAUAUAUCAAAUAUAUAUGUUAUUCCAAUUCAAUAAUAAUGAUGAAACAUUUCAUAUUUAUUUGGAAAAAAUCUUUAGAUAUUAAUUUUUAGAAUUCAGCUUACAAAUUGAAUUCAAUGAUUGAAGUACCUAUAAUGUACCGUUAUAAGUAUUUGAAUCUUAGAUAAUAUAUUGUAGUUUUGGAGCAGAUGUGUUCUAUAGAAAAAAUAUAGAAGAGUUGAUGAAUAAAAUGUCUGGAGUUGUUCAAAGAAA